AUGGAACCAAUGACAUCCGAUUAUGCUGAUCAUAGUACCAUUCAACAAUUAAGCAUCAACAAUAAUAUGGAUAUCGUAAGAAUGGCCAUCGAACAUUGGAUCAGCAGAUCCGAAAUCACUGCUUCCUCGGCGUAUGGCAGUCACGCUACAUCCAAACCAUUUAAUAUUGGCGACUUUGGAUGUUCACAUGGAAGAAAUUCCCUCGGACCACUGUCCGCAAUCAUUUCACAAUACCGAAAAGCAAAUGAAACCAACGACAUUGUAGUGUACCAUAACGACCUUCCCCAAAACGAUUUCUCACAACUUUUUUUAGAAUUGUACAAAAAUCCACAAAGCUACACCAAGCAAUUCACAAACGCCUUUCCAGUGGCAGUAGGAAAGAGUUUUUACAAACAAAUAUGCGCAUCCAACUGCAUCGACAUUUCCAUCGCCUUUAAUUGUUUCCAUUGGUCUUCCUCCUUGACCACUCCACACAAACAAUCGAUCUUUUAUGGUCAUACCAAUGACGAACACUUGAAAAAGAUUUGGAAAAAGGAUACUGUUAAUGAUUUAGUUUCUAUUCUAUCAAAUAGAGCAAAAGAAUUAUCAACUGGUGGAUUAUUGAUUACCAACCUUUUGACAAAUGAUAAUGAUGCGUUUGAAGAGAGUAGAAUGUUUUAUCGACAAAUUAAAAACUGUUGGGAACAAUUGGCAGCAGAUGGAACGAUCACAGCUAGCGAGGCUGAUAAUAUGGUGUAUCCAUUCCGUUACUAUAGCUACGACGACAUCCAAAACGCAGUCAGUCACCCGAUUGUGCAAGAGUAUGGACUACGCAUAAAAUUCAUCGAACAACGAAGCACGAGCUGUCCAUACAAGCAGUACCGAUCCGACAGUGCCGACUUUGCCGAGAGAUUGUUCCGUGGUUUCUGUGCCUUUACCGAACCAACCUGGAAGAGCAAUCUCAAGGGCACUCGCGAACAUCGCAACAUGGUGUGGGACAAAUAUCAUGGCCUGUUUGUAAAGUAUUUUUCAGAGAAUCCUUCACAGGGUUGUAUUCCAAACCAUUAUUACUCUUUGAUCUUUGAAAAACCUUCUGACGAUGCUUCAUCUUUGGAAAGUGGUGGUGCUUCUUGUUAA